UUAUCCUAUCAGCAGCACUGCUUACACGAGGGGAAGAUGAGAGACACUUCAUGUGAGAAGGAGAUGGCGUGCUCAGCUUGUUUGAGGAAUUCUGAAGGGGCCGUUGAGCAAAAAGGAAGCAUAAGCAAGAAAAACUGGAGAUCGAGAUUAGGAAUUUUCCUGAAAACCUCUCCACACUCUUCACCAGCCAAGACACAGAGAAAACAAUACAGACCAACCCCUGAUGAGGUGAACCAGUGGGCGCAGUCUUUGGAUAAACUGCUGAGCUGUAAAUACGGAACAAUCGCCUUCCGGCUGUUCAUGAAGUCUGAGUUCUGUGAGGAGAACAUUGAGUUUUGGUUGGCCUGCGAAGAAUUUCGGCACAUCAAGUCGCCAACAAAGCGCACAGCCAGAGCCAAGCGCAUUUAUAAAGAGUUCAUCAAGAGCGAGGCUCCAAAAGAGAUCAAUGUGGACUUUAACACAAAAGACGUCAUCUUCAAAAGUCUUCACUGUUCUACACAGUCAAGCUUCAUCGCGGCCCAGAAUAAAGUCUACAGCCUGAUGGAAAACAACUCCUAUCCCCGCUUUCUCCAGUCGCAACUCUACACUCAGCUGUGUCAGCUCGCUCAGGGGAAAUGAAGAGAGUGUGCGUCCUGGGAGUAACAUAUUACAGAACGUUUAAUCCAUUUCAACACAGAUUAAACAUCGAUGCAGAAAAGUCACAACAACUACAAACACAGGGUUCUCUGAGUGAUGCCAAAGAACCUGUUUUGUUUCCCUAAAGCCAGCUGUGAGAGUAAAGAGCCUUUUAAAGGUUAAACCUUCUAUGUCUAUUUAAGGGUUCCUUCUUGAUCCUUUACAUUAUGCAGAAGUUCUUUAAACUUUAUAAAGGUUCUUCACACUUAGGAAACUAAAAGAGGUUCUUCUAUGGCAUUAAGCACAGAAACCUUUCCAGGGCCAUUACUUUUAAGAGUGUAUAUAAAAGUUCCUAGAUGGUUGUUUGGUUUAGCUGUAGAACCUUUACAUUACAUAGUGUUUGUUUAAGCUUUAAAAGGUCCUUCACACUCUGAUUUGUCAUUUACAAUAAUAGUUCUUUAAAUAAGCAUCCCUUAAAAAGUUCUGUAAGGAACUACAAGUGGUUCUUCUAUAGCUUCACUCCAAAGAACGCUGUUGGUUACUUUUUAAUUUUUGUUCUUAUGUUUAAGAGGGGUAAAUGUCUUGCACUAUCCUAUGUACAUGUUUGUAAAUAUUUGUAAAAUACUUAUUAUUUUUGUGCCCUUUUUUGGAUCCAUUAAUGUAUAUUUGGCCAUUUACUUAUGACUGGUUCAAAAAGUAUAUGGCAUUUUUUCUAUGAGGAAAAUUCUAUUUUUCCAUCAAAUAAAAGCUUUUAUUUAUAAAGCA